UUUUAAACUUGCAGCGGCAGGCAAAGAGGAUAUCGGACUCGUGCAGUAGCAGUAAUCCGCUGUCUUUUGGUCCUGGGCAAGCAAGGGAGCGAUUCGGAGCAGACGGGUCGUGAGGAUCUAGGAAUCCAGCCUAGGCCAUGGCUUUGCGGGUCACCCGGAAUACAAAAGUCAAUGCUGAGAACAAAACAAAACCUGCAAUGGCCCUCACUAAGCGAGGGGUUGCUGCUAACAAGCCAGCUUUGAGGCCUAGGACUGCUUUGGGAGACAUCGGCAACAAAGCUUGUGAGCCACAGUGUAAAGACAUAGUGAAAAAGGAAAUGUUAAAGCCUACAGCCGUGGACAAAGUGACUACUCGGAAAAUCACAAAACCUACUGAAAAACCAAUUGAACCUGUAAAAGAAGAAAAGCCAAUACUACAACCUGUUAAGUUGGAGUCUCUAUCCCCAAGCCCCAUGGAAACAUCUGGCUGUGCUCCAGCAGAGGACAUAUUAUGCCAGGCUUUCUCGGAUGUACUGCUUGAAGUGAAAGAUGUAGAUACAGAUGAUGUCUCUGAUCCAAACCUUUGCAGUGAAUAUGUGAAGGACAUCUACAACUACUUGAAAGUUCUUGAGGGUCAGCAAUCUGUGAAAGCAAACUACUUAGCAGGUCAGGAAAUUACUGGAAAUAUGCGGGCAAUCCUAAUUGACUGGCUUGUGCAAGUUCAGAUGAAAUUCAAACUGUUACAAGAGACUAUGUACAUGACGGUUGCCAUAAUAGAUCGGUUUCUUCAGAACAACAAAAUAGCCAAAAGGUUGCUACAACUGGUUGGUGUAACAGCCAUGUUCAUUGCUAGCAAAUACGAAGAAAUGUUUCCACCAGAAAUUGGUGACUUUGCCUAUGUGACAGAUCAUACUUAUACCAACCUACAAAUCAGGCAAAUGGAAAUGAAAAUCUUAAGAUCAUUGGAUUUUAACCUUGGUCGUCCACUUCCGCUGCAUUUCCUAAGGAGGGCAUCAAAAAUUGGAGAGGCAAAUAUAAACCAGCAUUCAUUAGCAAAAUACCUGAUGGAACUUGCACUGGUAGAUUAUGAAAUGGUACAUUAUCCUCCGUCCCAGAUUGCGGCUGCAGCUUUUUGUUUGUCUACUAAAGUUCUGGCAGAAGGAGAGUGGACGCCAAUUCUUCAACACUACAUGUAUUAUACUGAAGACACUCUUAUUCCUGUGAUGCAGCAUAUGGCAAAGAAUGUGAUGUUGGUAAACCGGGGCCUUAUAAAGCACAUGACUAUCAAAAAUAAAUACGCCAGCAGCAAGCAUGCCAAGAUUAGCACCCUUCCGGCAUUAAAUUCUGCAGUCAUACAGGAUCUGGCUAAACCACUGUUGAAAUAAAUAUAAUUUAACUGUUUGGACAAAGCUGACACCAUGUGUCACUAUUGUGUGUGUAUAUAUAAUAUAUUCUCUUAAAGUUUUUAAUAAACUUCCUUACUUUUACUUCAACUGUUGUCAUGGUCUACUUAACAUUUGUUUUGUCAGAUAUUAAGCCUAAAAUAAAACUAGGAUAUUGGAAAUUCAUGCCUAUAUAAUCUGUUGAAUGAAGACCAGCAAACAGGAAAAAAUUCUCUUGUUUAUUUUCUCAAGAGGGAUUUUUCAUUAUCUGUAUUCUGAAGUAAUAAAAAUUACAAUGGCCAUUCCUAAUUACUUGUUUUAGUGAAUAGAUAAAAUGGAUGAUAUAAUAUUCUGUGCUUAGAUACACCAACAUCAAGAAAUAUUGUCAUAUGAAACUAUAGGCAAAAUUAACUCAGAAUAAAUUAAUUUGUUGACAAAUUAUGACAUAACAAAUUAUCAGAACUAGUAAAAAUAGUUUUUGUAACUCAAAAUCAGUAAUUGAUGUAUCAUACUUACUAUAAGCUAUAUUUUGUUUAUUUAUAGCAUGGUUUUAUAAGGAAACUGAUUUUUAAUAUGAAGAAACUUAAUAUACAACAUUUUUAAGUGUAAGAAAAAAUAUUUUCCAAAACCUGGAAAAUAUUUUCUGUUAUUUAAUAAACUAUAUCUAGUCAGGAUAUUUGAAGGGUUUUAUUCUAGGCUAUCAGAGCUUUCACAUCCUAAAAUGGACAUUUUUAUUUCUGAUUAAUCACAUCUGCAAAUGAACUUUUCCACAGCUUUUAUUUCCAUCAUUGUAUGUUGCCAGUGGUACUCAUUCAUUCAUAAACAGUCAAUAUAAUGGAAUGUAGAAUAUUAAAUAUAUACGUAUCAAAACUAUGUAGGCUUUUGCUUUCAAUUAUGUUUAAGUAUGCUAAACUAUGAUCCAAAUAAACCAGAUUUAGGCAAGUUAAGUUAAAGUUACAGAGGAAUUAUUGAGUCUGUCAUUUGCACCUCUAUAACUGUCUGGUUCGGUUCUGCAACCCAACAAGAAAAACACAGAUUUCAGAGGAUAAUUAGAACUGCAGAAAAAAUAAUUGCUACCAACCUGCCUUCCAUUGAGGACCUGUAUACUGCACGAAUCAAGAAGAGGGCCGUGAAAAUAUUUGCAGAUCCCUCGCAUCCUGGACAUAAACUGUUUCAACUCCUACCCUCAAAACGACGCUAUAGAGCACUGCACACCAGAACAACUAGACACAAGAACAGUUUUUUCCCGA